CUGGGGCACAUGAAGCCUAUGAAUUAGCUUACUGGCUUCGGCACUCGAACGUUAUGGUUUCGGUAGCUUCUAAAAUGAACUCGAUGAUCUCAUCUAUAACAAAGAUUCGUAUUUUUGCGGGUUGUUUGAGUGGUGCUUAUUUAGCACUUUCGCGGUAUUUUAGAUGUGGACGUUGGUAACCUGGCUAUUCUUAUGUUUUGGGUAUUUUUAAUUUUUCUUGUCUACCAUGCUUCUUUCGUACAAAAAAUCCGAAACAUUAUGAUUUCCUGUUUGCUGUUUUCCUAACUUGGCACUCGGAUUUCUAUUUUAUGUCUUUAGUGUGUUGACUGUCGGGUCUUCUUCCUGUAAUCUACGUCUGAUUUCUCACGACCAGUAUCCUCCCCACUUUCACCACCUAGGGGAUGAGCUUCACUUCUGAUGAAGUCAAUUUUCUUAUAUUCAGAUAUCUGCAAGAAUCAGGCUACUGUCACUCAGCAUACCUGUUCGGUUUAGAAAGCCAAAUUAGUCAAUCAAACGUCGAUGGGGCACUUGUGCCUCCCGGUUCUUUACUAAGCCUGAUCCAAAAAGGGUUGCAGUAUACAGAAGCUGAAAUAAGUAUUGGCGAGGAUGGCAGUGAACGUGUUGUGGAAUCACUAUCCCUAAUUGAUGCUGUUGUUCCGGAUGUAAUCGAAAAGCGUAAAAAUUUCCUCAAGCAACAGAGCACUACAAGCUCAGCUAGCCUAAGUACUCCCAGUAGUGUGCUCUGCAACAGCACAACUCUGUCUUCGACUGUUAAUUGUAUCACUCAUGUUGGAUCCGUGUCGGUUACUUCCUCCACUUCGGAUCAGUUAUUAUCAGUCAAUUCCCACUCUUAUACUUUGGAUAUAUCAACCGUUCCCAGUACAUUGCACACACAAUCCGACCUUUCACACAGUACAGCGGGCCAUGCCCCCUUAAAGAACGAUAUUUCAAGCAUUUCUUCACAUCCUCACUCUCACCAACACAACACACUUCCCCCCUCCACUCUUGGCACAAUUAAACCAAAUAAUCCUUCAAAUGCAGUUAAUGCUUCUGUACUUAAUCAGUCUAACAACAUGACUCCGUCAUCCCUAUCCACUCCUGUUUGCUCUGUCGCACUCAUUUCAACUAUAAGUCCAAUCACUGCUUCAAAUACUACUCCGUUGGUUGGAAUCAAUAAAAUCACAGCUGCUUCUCAGCAGUCUUCCAUAACAUCAGGACAACUUACCACUCACCAUAUCCCUCAAUCUAUGCUUUUAUCAUCUAUACAGACAAACGGCGAACAUCAUGGAGGAGCUAUGGGUAAUUUUUCUAACUUCUAUUUGACAAUGUUAUGAAAGUUUUUUUUGUGCACCGUAUGCUCUGUUAUCUUAAACGAAUAAGCCACUUUUUGUAUACCUAUACCAUAAUCUCGGUUUGUCAAUAACCAAGGGUCGAUAUCGAAAUGGGUAAGUAUUAUGAAGGCUAGACGCAGGGUUAUUAGGGAAUGAUGGUAAAUUAGUCGCUGGAUUUGUAAGUAUACAUCUGCUGAGAUGGGCCACGUAUUACACAUGCCCAACCAUCGAUUACCUUGGCGCUCAAUGCCGACUAGUACUUGAAGUCACCAACUUCUGGUUCGAGCCUUAUUGAUGUAUACAGACUACUUGGUUGAGGUCCACGCGACUAUUGUAACCAGUGGUUAGAGACUGGGUGACAUGUCUUUCUACAAACCGAUCCUUUCUCCCUUUAUAUCUUUAUAUUCAAUUUUUUAAAAUAUAUUACUACUAUUGAAGUAACUGCUAUAAAUUCGGUAUUCGUCUUGUGCUAAUGAGCUGUGGCAAGUUGAACCGAUGCAUGUGUUUUUUGGUCCUACGUUGUAGUUGACCGACUUACGUGAAAUCAGCUUGAAUGUUUUUUCAUACAUUAGAAUAGUUCACGGCUCCUGCCUCCAGAAAAGUGUGCAAUCAAUACUGAUCUGUAGCAGACAAGCUUUGGUGUUUUUUUUGUAUGAUAGGGUCAUCUGUUUUGGCCAGCUUAUGAAAGAAAGUUCAAUAAGGAAUGUGUUUCUAAUCCUUGUUUUAUUCAGGAAGUCAUAAAAUUGCCAGCCAGAUAAUUUUUUUAAGGCGACCGAAAAACGUGUAUACAAACGAUAAACUGGAAGUCUGGUUGUUUGUUGUGUUGCGGCAAUUCGUCAUAUGGUGUACUGCAGUGUCUUAAUAUAAAGCUAACAGGUCAACAAUGGAUAUGAAACUAAAACCCAUUAUAAUUAUGUAGUCCAACUGGAAUCAACGUGAUUUGUAAAAAUAGCAUGUUAGGAGUAUUUUUAUGUGCGUUGUUAAUUUUAACGCUUACAAUAAGUAUAAAAAAUCCAGUUUACUAUCAUAAAUGUAGUUACGUUUCAUUUUCAAAUCUGCCAGGGAUCUAUCAUGUAUGGAGAUCACAUGGCAAGUCAUUCUGAAAAUAUACCAGUUUUAUAAGACUGAAGAAAAAUACUUAACAAAUCGUUUACUGGUAUACGCAUUCCCAGUGUACAAUUGCGUUAAGUUGUCUUCCGAAUUUUUUUUUUGAGUGAAUAAAAGGCAUUAAAACCGAGUUUUCAUUCUGAACAAGUUUCUUAUUCCUAGUAAAUAUUUCAUAUAUUCUCUUUUCAUGGCAAGUCUGUCUUCAUUAUUCAUGCCCAUCUGACUACCGCAGCACACAUUGAUUGCUUAGUGGUGAGUUAACAGCAAGUAAAACGAGCAAACCUAAACUCACUAUCCGUCCAUAAUGUUAUUGUUUGUUCAUUGGACUAUCAGGUGAAUGGAAAGUACCUUGUUGGAAGCUACUCAUCGAUCGUAAUCAUUGGGGGGGGGUGUUGGAGCAGACUCAGUCUUUUCUCCCUCCUGAAUUCUAAGUUUUAAUAUUGUUUCAUGUUUUUUCACAAGUUCACACAGCAAAGUUCUUUAUGUUUACCCUUUUUUACUAUAGUAGACAUGAUUUGCCAUGCAUCUUAUUGAUUUCUCACUACUGAUGUAGUGUGGCAACUUGAAGUGAUGCACAUUUGUGCCGUGUUUUAUGUUUGACUAACGGUUAUGGUACUUCCAAUUAUAAUGCAAACUUAAAGAUUUCUCUCUUUAGUUAGCAUAAAAACUAAUGUUCUCAGUUAGUACCAACACGUCGAGUUUAUGACGUGAAAUCCCUGGUUUUCUGAAAAUGUGUAAGUGGAAACAGGGUUUUGUCUGAAACCUCAGUAAACUAGCGUAUUUACUAAUUCCCAAUUGCUUAAUCCUGAAGUGCUAUUCAGGUAAGAUGAAGUAUUUGAGCGUGUAGACCGUUUCGUUUAUUUUAAGAGUCUCACCAGUACUGAUGUCUGAUGAAAUCUUGGCACAAAUUCAAAGGCUCAAUUGGCUUUUGUCAGCUUACAUCACUUUUGGCGCAGGCGAGAUAUAUCUAUCAACCUUAGGAUAAGUAUACUGUGCAGUGGUUCAAUUCGUUCUACUUUUUGGGUGUGAAACGUGGCUAUUAAGAAUAGACGAUAUUCCAAGUUUACUAGUAUUCGGUCAUAGGUGUCUUCGAAGCAUUGUUUGUGUAUUGUGGGAGCACGGUGUAAGCAAUGACUGGGUUACGAAUAGAGCACUAGUUAAAGAAGGGGAAUGGGCUGAUGAGGUAGUAAAUCUUCAUCAACUAAGGUGGUUGAGACAUGUGUCACGUGUGCCCAACCACCGCCUACCGCGAUGACCGGUGUUUUCUGGUUCAGGAGUAGGCUGGAAAAAGCUAGAGGCAGCCAAAUCAAACACAUGGCUUCAGUUCAUGAGGUCACUGGCAAUUGGCUUGGCCAUGUCAUUAGGUAUAGACUACCUGGUCGGGGUCCGCGUGAUUAUCAUACCCAGUGGUUGGCGACUCAAUGACAAGGUUUUAAAUCACUUUCAAUGGAGCAGGUGCAUCCAUCCCCGAAUUCUGAGCUAUUGAAUUCCUCAUAACUUUUCCUUGCGUUUUUAUUUUUAUUUAUAUAUUUUUUCGAGUUGUAUCUUCGAUGUCUAAUCUUUCCUAUUACCACUUAUACUGUUAUUACCUCUACUAUUCUGGGAUUCGGUCUUACAACUUGAUCUCUGUACUUAUGGAAUAUGGCAACUUAAACCGAUGUACAUACCUACAGGUUCUACGUUGUGACUGACUGACCCUAUUGUAAAGUGUAGUAAUAGAAUUAUACACGAUGGCGUCAGAUCUUUAAUUUGUAGUUCAUAAACUUCCUAUUCGCGCGCGUAGAGCUUAAGUAAAGGUAUUACGUCCAAUAGUUCUGUAUCGCUCUUAUAUUUUAAUCUUUUAAGUAUUAUCGCUGAGUUGUAGGUAACUAGCUAAAGCAUUCGUCUUUGGUCGACCGAUACGCCCAAGCCAUGCAAUCCGCACUUAAUCAGUCGGCAAAUAGUGUCCGUAGGUAUGGUAUGCGCUUUGCACCCUCGAAGUGCAAAGUAAUUAUACAAGACUAGCAGGACGCUGACUCUGCAUUCACCUUGGGUCGUGAGUGGAUAGAAGUAGUCGAGAAGUUCGUGUAUCUGGGCAGCUGUGUAAGUGCUGGUGGUGGCGUGAGUGAUGAAAUCACUUCAUGUAUAGUGAAAGCCAGAGCAGCUUAUGACAAUCUGAGCCUUGGGGCCUUCAUGAUGUUAGUCUGGCUGCAAAAGGUCGGAUCUACAACGCGUCGGUGAGAGCAGUUUUGCUCUAUGCUUGUGAAACCUAGCCUCUCCGAGUUGAUGAUGUUGGACGACUCUCUGUGUUUUGUCAUCAUUGUCUCCGAAGGAUUGCUGACAUCCAGUGGCAACACUAUGUUAGUAAUGCAGAUUUUCGGCAUCGUGUGUUCGGGCGCCGAGACGAUAAUCCAAUUGGUGUCACCACCUCGAAACACCGACUUCGGUGUCUUGGACAUGUCCUACGAAUGUUUUCCCAGAGAAUUCCACGUCAUGCAUUAUUUGCCGAUGCUGGGACUGGUUGGAAAAAACGGAGAGGUGGUCAGUGUAUGACAUGGUGUCGUGUUAUGAAAGAAGUCUGCAAAGGACUGGCUUCUGUCGGUCCUUCACGACUCCCUGGCUGGAAUCCUAGAGAUGGUGCAACACAGUGGCUAGGGACGCUAUCAGAUAUGGCUCAGAAUAGAAGCUAGUGGCGAUCCUACUGUAACCUUCUUUUACUUUAUUCAUAGAAAAUGGUUGUUUCUUCUUUAACCGAAAGAAUUCUUUUGGUUAUGCCUUUCCGUUUCCCCCAUUAUUAUUAUUAUUAUUAUUAUUAUUAUUAUUAUUAUUAUUAUUACACUACCUUGCACUAAUUUGUGGUCGUUAUUGUUUUUCUUUUACGCUCCUUACCCUCUUUUUUCUCUUCCCAUUCUCAUUGUUUUGUGUGGUGCAUAUAUAUUUGGUGCCCCCUUGUACCAAUAUUUAUGUGUUCAAAUUAAUAAUAAAUAAAUAACAAUACGUUGAAAACAACGCAAGCCCCAACGCUUGGAAUGUGACUUGAAGCCAGAAACAUAAACCUGUACUUCGUAAAUGGAUUGUAUAGCUAAUAAUAUUUUACUACCAACCACAAAUAGUAAAUCAGCUCAAAAAUAAAAAAAAAAUUUCAUCAGCUUUUUUGUUUUAAUACCCAUGAGCCUACGUAUCAGGAUGGAAAGUUUUUUCUAGUUUCGUGGUACAAUUGAUAGAUUAUUGAAAGUUAUUUGGUCCAGUUUUCCCAUAUCGUCAGUGUUGACAUCUUAAUGAAAAAGUGCCACAAGUUUGUCAAUAUUUUUCUGUUGUAUUAGUUAACCCAGGUUUUCGUUAGAUUUUUAAUCAAACAGUAGUAUUACGGUAAAAAGAAAUACUUAUUUCUAAGUGCCUACAAUAGAAAUAACUGCAUGUACAGUCAAAUCAUGUAUACUGACUUCCAGAUUUUGGUAACAACUGAGGUUUUAAUUUACUAAGUAGUGCUAACUAACUGAUUGAUUUGGUAUCCCACAGUUAGCAAAUCAGCUGCUCAGUCAAACGCGACGUAGAACCUAGUAUGUGUGUACAUCGGUUUAGGUUCCCAUACCCCAAUUGUACGACUGAAGGAAAUAAUAGGCGCAAAUCCCAGAGUUGUAGAGGCAGUAAGUAUGAGUGGUAGUUUAAAAGAUUAGGCAUCAAAAAUAUGAUUCAAGAAAAUAUAAAUUACUGAAAUAAGAUGUACUUUGAGGGAUGUCAAAACCUAGAACCUAGGGAAAGACAAUGAUUAAAGGCAUCUUUGUCAUUGCGAAGGAUUCCGAGUUAUUGCAUCUGAAGUCUCCCUCGCUUUAAAUUAUCUGCAGCCCUCUAAACGUCACUAAGUUUUGCCAUUCAGCUAGUGACUUGCUAAAGCCUAUUGGGGUAUGAUGGAGGGAUUUGAUAAUGAAGAUUGUCUCGGGUGGUUUUAAGGGUCGGUAUAGACGUGUUUGUCGCAUCUCGGCUACCCACAUCGUGGAAGAAUAUUUCUUCUUGAGGGACCUGUGAAGGAAACUAGGUUAGCGGUGCUCUUAGUGACCUGGGAGCGUCACCGCAGAAUCUGAGGGGAAACCGUUUGAGACCGGUCACUCACUGCAUGUCGAUGGGAAGUUUUUGUGUUUGGAAUAGGCAACUGACGAUUUGUAAUUGUGAUUGUGAGAAAGUUUGGUUAACCUUCAAUGUCGUUUUUAGUGUUAAAACAUCAGAACAACUAAGCAAAUUACUCAAGACAACUUUGUGAGGUGUGAUAUAGUGGUAGUCUCACAACUGUCAUUAUUUUAUUAGUAAGAUGAAUUAAACUUUUCGUUGUCAAGUACUCGCACUUCCUCAGACGAAAGCUUCCAUCUUCAAGCCCAGUCAGUACAUUCAUAUUUUUUUAUCGUCACUUACAUGCUUAAAUAUAUUCCCUUGCUCAACGCAGUCAUCGUGCUAACUCAAUACUUAUGUUUUCCUUGAUUGGUAGUUAAUCAUUAUCGCGGCAACGAUGCUAUGGAAGUUGAUCGAGUACAUGUUCCUGAAGUCAAUAAUACAUCUCCUUUACUCACAAGACAAAUUCCACCUGAACGAAUCACGGUUUUAAAAGGUCAUCAAUCUGAAGUCUUUAUCUGUGCGUGGAAUCCUCGAAAUGAUAUGCUAGCAUCUGGGUAAGUCAUUUCAUCAAGUCUUUACUAAUUGAAUUCCGUCAGGUGUAGCAGGCUCGUAUUCUUUAAAGUGUUGCUCAAUUUUGAUAUUCCAUUCCUAAGUUUUGGUGCUCAAUUUCGAAUUCUAAACUUGUUUUGAAAAGUUAGGGGAUUUCAGUAACCGAAUAAAGCAUAUCACUGUCGCUCUGCAACACCUUUGUACAUAAUGAUUACUGAUGUAUAUUCGUCUUACUAUUGGUACAUGAUGUCCAGAAUUUACCCCCGAAAUCUCAUUUACGUAAUUGAAAAGUAAUGAGUAGGUGCGUUUUUAAAACUCAGUCAUGUAUAUAAUUGUUAGGUUUCAAAAUAACCAAAAUUUUCGGUAAUGUUCUUUUAGCUAUAUUGAAAAUCAGUAGAUAGUCACGUCUGGUAAUCAUUUCUCUAUCUUAACGCUUUUUAAAAUUCUAAAGAGCAGUUUUACCCAUUUGGCUUUGUCAUUUCUAAGUCAGUUACCUUCGUUCAACAAUUGCGAGGAUAUUAUCAAAGGGAAUUUUUUCCCCACGUUAUAAUUACACCAGACAUCAAUGAAUAUUCAUUUCACCAUAAUAACACUGUACAUAAAUUGGCUUGUGUUAAGCAGAAUAAUCCUUAAUCCAUUUCUUUAGUUUUUUUCCUAACUAGCUCAAUUUGUUCUUCUUAGUUUGUAUAAAAUCUUUAAUUUAUACCAAAUCUCAUCAGCUCAGGAGAUUCAACGGCACGGAUAUGGAAUCUUGAGGAACCCGUUGCAAAUCCUCACCAUGUCCCUCAGUUGGUUUUAACACACUGGGUUAAUCUUGAUGGUCAAACUGUGCUGAGUAACAAGGACGUCACAUCUCUGGAUUGGAAUGUAAGUCAGUUAACGAAUAGUUAAUUGUUUCUGGAAUAUGACUGGUGAUUUUUAGUCAUAAAUUCCAGUUUAGGAAUUUUUCAAAUGAUUGAAAUACUCUCUGUUAACCUAUAACACUGAUCUAGUCAUUAUAUAUGUGUGUCAAUGAUAUUCACAUGUAUUAGUAUGGAAGUGUCUAAGUUAGUCCUAUUAUUCUUGAUGACGUAGUAGCGUGCUGAUUCCGUAAAAUCAUAUUUUUUUAUUAGUCACACUCCUACUAUUUUUCCGGAAUCACAAAUGACCUUGUGGGACUGUCUGUUUGGUGACUCAUUAUUAAUGGCAGACAUUUGUAUAAAGCGGAUAUACUGGCCACUCCCUUUUCUAUAUUUUUGUCCUUUCGUUUGUGAAAUUCUUGUACCACAGUGAUUACAUUUCAACUUUUUUUUUCCGUUAUUGGCAUUUUUAAAACCCUCGUGCUUAAUAAGAUGUUCUCUGUUGUGGUAUUAGGGUUUGUCACGGACGUAUGACUAAAAUCAUAGGCUGCUGACCAUAUUGGUGACGGUUUAUAAACGAAUUCUAUUCACUGUUUAUUUUUGUUCGAAAUAUCUCUGAUUAAUUUUUCGUUUGAAUGACUCGUUAAUUAACGUACACUUAAAUUUAAAGUAAUACAAACAAACGGUAGACCGUUUAGUUAUUUCAACACAUUUUGUUAGCGUUCCGCUAUAGAAUUAUGCAGAAAUACCUCAACUGUUAGUUUCUGUUCAAAUGUACGUUUUAUAUAUGAUUGGUUUAUUACUAUUGGCAUCCAGUUUGAUCUUCCAUGGGAAGUUUUGCUUACUUACUGAUUUGUUGACCAAUGAUUAACUUGUUUUUUAAACCUAAUUUUUGAUUUUUAAUAUCUUAAUGUACCAGUCUGAUGGGAGUUUCCUAGCCACUGGAUCGUACGACGGAUUUGCUCGAGUUUGGAAUACUGACGGUAUGUUGCUACAUUGUACUUAGUUUUUUGGUGAUAAGUCAUUACUGUCUAAGUGUUGCACUAAAUUCUAUGAGUAUUUUUGGACGUCAGUUUAUUCGCCAUCCAAAUUCUGCACUUGAAUUUUAGUUCGUGUUUACUUGUGUAUAUUUAUAUGGAUAAUAGGAAGAUAUCGUAAUUUAGAGUCGCAGUUAGGUUUCGACUGAAUGUUAUGCUGAGAUAAAAAAUUCUAAUAAGUUUCUAGCUAAUCAUGAUAUAAACAGUACUCAGUUGAUUAUUGUUACCGGUGUUGGAUAUUUAUAUUUACAGGAUAAAUGUCUCCUGUAUUUUUAUUAAGGUACUUUUGAAGUAUUACUUUGACAUAUUUCCUAAUUAGGAGUAAUCUUGAGAACUUAUGAUAAAUGUUAUCUAAGAAACACAUCAAACUGUUGUUAGUAGUUAAUGUUUCUUGUGCAAUAACUAUAAAAUGAUGUAUGAGAUAAUAUAUUUAGUCCCUUUUGUGUCUGAUAUGUUGCUUUUAUGUACAUUUGUUAUUUCUCUGCACGCCCACCCGCAGUUUCCUAAAUGUACAAAAUGGCGACAUAUGCACUCAGAAGCGAUUAAGGUGGCAAAAUAAACAUGUAACAAAUCAUUUCAUUUUGAUGACCUCCAUUGUGAUAAGGUGAACUCAAAUGAUUUGUUUCUGUCACGUAACACGUGCAUUGUCGCUAAGUGUACAUGUUAUUUGACCUCUAACCUUAUGUUACUUUUAUUUUUCAUCAGUGGCUUUUAUGUACUAGGUUAUAAAAAUUGUAAUGUUUUGACAGUCUGUAAUUUAUACGUCUCCACACUGCUUUUCAUGUUGCCGUGCUUAUAUGGGGAAUGAAAUCUGUAAAUAUCUUUCUGAAAGCUCAAAGUGUUCUCAUUAUGCCUCCUGCAAUAAUUUAUUCAGUGUAAUCUUCCUUGAGAAAGGGGUUAAUUUUUUUUGGCAUUGUGCUAAACAAUACAGUAUAAAGUGAUUCAGGUUAUUGGGAUUUAACUAAAACGUGACAUCAGUGCUUGAAGUCAUUAACUUCGAGUCUGAGCCAUGUUGAUAGAUGCAGACUGCUUGGUUGAGGUCCGCGUGACUAUCGUAACCAAUAGUUGGAGACUCAUGGUAACAUGGCUCAGAAUCGAUCACAAUAUCGUAGGUGUAUACACUCUCUGUCUUCCCUUAAACCGUGAAACUAAAAUUGCUCUAUGUCUUCCUACGAAAUAAUUCUUUCUUCCUAUACUAUAUCCUUAUAUGCAAUCUUUCUUUUAUACAUAAACACCAUUAUUUAUUUUUAUUUAUUUUAACUCAUAGAUAUUGGUAUAAGGAGGCACCAAAUACAUAUGCACCACACAGAUCCCAUUCGAUAUGUGUGAGGGCUGUGAUACUGUCCGGGUGCCCAAACCGAAGUAGGUGGUUUUCUUAGGGGGCUACACCCGGAGCCUUCGACCUGAAGGUCUGGUCCACAAGGCAGUGGAGCAACGUAAGAUGCAUUCCUAUGGUAGCCGGUGGCCAACGAUUGGUUCAUACACCUUUUGUUCCUUCAGGAUACUGGAGCCCAUGUGCACCAUUGGUUUGGAAUCAGGGUUUUCCAACUCCCCUAGGUGGACUCUCCAUGUCCACCUACCCGGUUAGAGCGCCGGACAUUCGCUUUUCGUCCUCUCAAUUUCGUAAACAACACCCCCGCCACGAAAAGGCAGUGAGUGGAAAUUCCCUGGCAGAGGCUAUAUACGCGUGGUCAUGUGAGAGCAUUUCGAGAGGGAGAGCUGACUCCCCACUCUCAGUCGUACCAGGACAUUGAAUCAACUAAUUCUAUGAAUCCGGUGUUCAUCUUGCUGUGUUAAUGAGGUAUGGCAACUUGGACCGAUGCAUACAUGUGCCUAGUCCUACGUUGUAGCUGACUGAUUUGACUCUUAAUUCUAGUGAUUAUUUCUCGUUAUUUUUUCUGAUGGGAUCGAUAUGUGACUUUUAUUCUAGGUCGCUUGGCAACAACUCUUGGGCAACAUAAGGGACCCAUAUUUGCUCUGAAGUGGAACAAGAAAGGGAACUAUAUUCUCACAGCAGGAGUUGAUAAGGUUAGCUUGUUUGAUCUUUUAUUCUGAAACAAAUACAUUGUAAGGAUCUACAGUAAGUUCAUUCAGUCUAAUUAAGUUAACACUAUUUUAUAAUGCUUCUAGUGAUGCGUCUGCACAGUAAUGCUCAAAAUUUUACAAAACCUAAGUUUAGGUAUAAGAACUACCCUACGUCUUACUAAAAGUCAGAGAAAAACCUGUGCAACAACAAAUUCAAGAAGUGUUGAAUUGAUAUCUUAUUAGUCUAUCCUGAAUUAUCUAGCUGUAGUGAACAACAUUUUACGUAUACGGUAUCUCACAAGAGUUUAGUCUCUUAACUUACUGUUUAUUUCACACUUCGUGAAAUUGUGUGGUGGUAAACGACCAAUUUGGUGAAUAAUGUAAAGUACUAAGCUUCUCCAAUUAACGUACAAAUACUUAGAAUAAUGUUUUCAAGUGUUCAUUUAGUGUAGCUACCCAGUGAUCAUGAAAAUGUAAUAAGAUUAACUAGUUUAACACUUAUCUUGUCACAUAAUUAAAUUUACAUCAUUGAUACUUGUUUUGUCUUAGUGGGUACCGUUGGUCUCAAUCUCGUAAUAAUAAACUAUUAAAUUUUAAAAGGGAAAACUUCCCGCUUGUGUUGAAUAUACUGUUUUAAGGGAAACACAGUUUUCUUCAACAUUUAGUGUUCAGAUUAUUUAAGUUAUCUCGUUUUUCAUGUAAUUUACUUCAUUUAUCGAAUGAUUAGUUCUAUUUUGUGUCGGAUCAGUUGAGUCUUCCUCGUGUCACUGUUAUUUUAUAGAGCUGUAGUAAUGUACUGUACCACUCUUAAAUGGUUCGUUUCACACCACUUCUAUUCUGCGUUAUAUUUUAUCCCUAAAAUGUAAAAACUGUCAGACUAAUACUGAUAAUAAAACACUUUGUCCAUCUUAACAUUAAUACAAUUAGAUGUGACACCUGUUCUUCUGGUAUUUUCCGGUCACUGACAUCUAGCUUUCAGUUUCCGCACGUGGAAUUUCUUCACGGUGUCCAUAACUUCUAGGUGUCAUCCGUCCACAUUCUGAUCGUUAUGAUGAUCUGUUCCAAUGAUCAGACUCAUUUCAACGACUACCACCUCUAGUAACGGUAAUCGAAUCUAUUAAGUCGUGUUCUCUUAUCACAGUUAAUACCUGGGUAAAUGUUAAGUACUCAAGUACCUAAAGAUGAAUGUUUUCUUACGACGAUAUCACGUGUUCAUCUUCCCUAUUUUGUAAUCAGCACUUUUUAUUACAGAUCGCCCCUGUAGGGCGAUUAGCUCGUGGAGACUCCGAAUGUUACCCUUAUAUUUUAGGUCUUUUCAGGUUAAUAGGGUAAGCAGGUUCACAUACAUCUUUUAAGUUAUCUAGCUCAUCUUACUUAAUUUUUGCUACAACGUAAUUGCUAUUUAUCGAUUAUCUGAGUAAUUUUCAAUUAUCGUUAUAACGGAUUUGACAUCAGUCCCAUUACAAUUAUUUGCUACAAUAUUACUUAUAGUGAUGGGUUUCAUUUUUUGACGUGUGUACAUUUUCGUCCGUAUGUUGUAUCCCUUUUUAUUUUUAGACAACCAUUAUAUGGGAGGCCCAAACUGGCAGAAUCGCUCAACAGUUUGCAUUUCAUGUCGGUACGUUCACUCAGUAAUACUGCACGUAACCGUUUAUGAUUUUAGUCUAAGUGUCCGGUAAUAUUUCCACAUACGGGGAACUUUAAUUUCACUUUCUUGUAUUCUUAUAUCUUUAUAAGUGGUUGGUACAUAUUUAUUUACAUUACGUUUCACUUAGUACAUCUAUCAAAACCUUGUUUUAGAGCUCCCUCUAAAUCCUUGAUUUAUUUACAGGGAUCUGUUUUCCCUCCAACGACUUAUUUUAAUGUUUUCCUUUACUUCGUUUCCUUGUCUCAGAAAACACCUUCCUAGUAAUAAUUAAGUUCCUAAUAGUUACAUGAUAAGACUUAACAUAAUCUAGUUAGGAACUGGAAAUAUUCUUAUGGGUUGUAGUGUGUCAUUGUCUGUAUAUCGUUGAUCCUGUAACAUGACAAAAAAAGGUAAUCUAAGGUAGUGAAAAACCUAAUCCUACUAUACUUUUUGACAAACUGUUUGAAUAUAUUUAAAGCAGGGUUCCGCAGUUUGUCGGUAUGAUAUUCUAGUUAACAUAAAAGGGGUACUACCAAGCUUUAACUUUGUCCCGUUGUUUAAUAAGGAUUCAGUGCUUCUUAUCUUCAGUACAUCCUAAAACUUAAUCUUGAAUCUGAGACCUUCAUUUUCAAAGUCACCAUAAUCAAGUAUUUUACAAUCAUUUCCACUUUGAUUUUUCGUUCCGUAAAAAAAUCUUACUUGCCUUUCUACUCGUCAGUGAUUUAUUUGAGUGUCAGUCAUUCGCAAGCAGUGUAUAACCUGGAUUACAAUAAACACUCAAAUCCCAAACACGUAGUAUGCGCCUACCAAUAUAACUUACAUCGAGAGUGAAUUCAUAAAUUAAUGCCAGAUUUUUUUCUAGCUUUCUUCCAACAUACUUCUACACCAGAAAUCAUCACCCAUCGAAGUAGAUCGUGUUUGGUUGUGCAUCAUCGUAGAGAAAGACCCACAAUCUUACCAACUGAUUUCUGCUAUCCUUUGUGUUUAUUUUCAAUGUUGCUUACUCGGUGAUUACAAGCCACUCAAACAAUCCUUCAAAAGGACCUAUGAUCAAAUACUAGUAUCCUACGAAUCUCCUUUACAUUUAAGGUACAGAUUUGAUAGUCACAAUGUAAUUUUACAUCUUUGGGUAAAAGUCAAUCAGCUAUCCAUUUGUUCAGUAUCGUUUAACCUCCCGAUUUCUGUUGUUAAUAUCUAACUACCUUGAAAUUCAUAGGCAUGUAGUGAAUUUCGGAAUGUCUUUUUAUGUCUUUGAUCAGUUGUUUUUGUAUUCUCUUGUGGCGGUUAACUUGUAUGUUCCAAUAAAUCCAUAGCUCAGUGAAGUAAGCUUUCAUUUCUCGACUAUUGUGUUAAAUUAUCCUCGUUCUACACAUUUGGUUCCAAACCAUAGCUCAAACUCCUCUCUAGUAACUGAGUUGAACUUCUACAUGAAGACCAUAUAAGUGUUCAUUGAUCCUAUGUCUUGCCUGUUCAUUUUAAGCUAAUUCUCACAUCUACUAUGAUCACACAGAAUUCAGUCAGUGUUAUGGAGUAUCAUUUCAUUUACAAAUGUUUUCGACUUACUACUUUUACAUUCACUUUACUUUAACAUAAAAAAGCUUGAUCCAACCAUAGUUUAUCAUCAAAAUUUUCUUUUCUUUUUUCAAGCUCCGACAUUAGAUGUUGAUUGGCAAUCAUUAGAUAGUUUUGCAUCUUGUUCCACAGACACAAAUAUUCAUGUUUGUCAGUUAGGCUGUUCUUCUCCUGUAAAAACAUUCCAGGGUCACGAGGUAGGUGUUUUUUUAUUUUCUUGUAGUAACUGUAUUCCCCUAUAUUUUUACCGCACUUAGUAUGACUGAUUAGCUUUACGGAUCAGUCAAACAAAUGUAGUUCUGGAGAAGAGUUUUACCUCUGGUAGACGCUUUUGGCGGUGUUGUAUUCUGUGGGCUCAGUGAAAAAUAAUAUCAAAACUUGGGAAUAGUUUUCAUCAUGACCUGAGGUCAGUUGUAAACUCACUAAAAGUUAAGGAGUCCUGUAUAGUCAAAGUCACUUGUUGAUAUGAACCCUUGACAAAUUUAAACAUAGGAAAAAUAGGUAGUCGUGACGCACGCCCCUCCAUGUAGCCAGUUCAAGUGACAGUUCGCUGUAGUUUUUGUUACAGAAACUGUAUUUAAGUUAAAAGUUCGUAGGGUAUCAUACUUUUCCACUUAUCUUCCAAUGACUAUAAAACAGAUGUAUGACCUGUUUCGUUUCCGAGGCUUCGCUUUUGUAAACGCCAAUUGACAAUAGAUGUUUUCAUCUUGGGAGCCAAUUAAAACGAUUCGGAUAAUCACAAUAGUAUUCUUGUCCUUUUCAUGAACUGUCAUCAGGAAUGGGAAUAUAUGUCAAGCUGAAUUUCAUCCUUUUAUCGAAUACUACUAGUGCACUCAAUCCAACUGAUUGUUAAACUACCCUUCUCUUAGUAUCUGUAUAGGCCUAUACACCAACGCUUCAACUAAUUACCGUCAUUGUCUCUUCUUACAAGUUAGCUGCGGCCUUUAUGAGUUCAUUAAGAAAUGGAAACUUGGUGUUGAUCUGGAACAUGACAUUAUUGAGUCGAAAUUAUCAUAUAUUUAUGUAGUAAGGGUUAUCUCAAAUAUUUACUUUCGAAGUUCGUUUAGUCUGGCUCUUAAACGCAUUUUACUCACGUGGUUGUUUGCAGAAUGAAGUUAACGCAAUCAAAUGGGAUCCUAAUGGACGACUUUUAGCUUCAUGUUCAGAUGAUAUGACACUAAAAGUUUGGGAUAUGCAUCACGAUCGCUGUGUACAUGAUCUUCGGGGUCACACAAAAGAGAUUUACACCAUAAAAUGGAGUCCCACUGGUCCUGGAACAGCUUUUGCAAACGCCCCACUUUGUUUAGCUAGGUAAGCUUGUAAUUUCGUUGUUUUAGUGGAUUUUUUACAAAAUAAUUUUAUAAUUGUUUUGUACUCCGGUCACUAUGAUUGUACAAUCCCAGUGGUCAUGUAAAGAUAGCUUAGCUAAACGUUUUUCAUUACCAAUAUAGUUCCUUUUAUGUACCCGGGCUUGGGAGCGGCAGUAACUCUAGGAGAGCUACAGCGGCGUUACCUUAUUUGCACCCAAGACAAAUGAUCUUAAGACAAUAUAUUUCAUUUAGUAACUUCAGUUUAAAAACUGAACUCUUUUUGUGAAUUUCGAUAAUGCAAUGAGAAGACGAAGAUUAUCUUUUUGUGAAGUUACAAAUCUGUGUAGUCGAUGCGCUUUGAGAUGUUUCAGUUCCCGUUUCAAAGUGUUUUAUCACCUUGCUAUUAAUUAAAUACACAAUAUUUUUGUAGACAACCUUUUCACGUAUCCAACAUACUUUAUCGACCACACGUCAACUGUCUCACUUACCUUUAAAUAUUUCUUUACUGUCAUCCCUCAAAUACCAUAGUAUAUUUGCGUUUGUUCUACUUCUCGAUCGUUUCUACCUUGAAACUAGCACUUCAUUAUUGUAGGUAUUCCCUUCAGUUCGUUAUAUGAUACUGUCUUGCAUCUUGUAUCCAUGGUUUGAUUGGUUGUCAAAAUAAUGAAAAGAAAUCUGUCGUAGAUUGCGUACACUUAUCGAUCUUACUAGUCAACCCUUCCUUGUAGUUUUUUCGUUUAUCAUUUUUGUCUUAAUCGAUUGUUCAAAGUCCAUAACCUGUCUAGCAUCACACAAUACAGUCAGACCUAGACGGAAGGACAAUCACUGUAUGGCUUAUUUAAGUCAGGUGGUUAAAUAGACAUAGACUUGCUUUUAUAUGUCUGUCUAUCAAAACUGAAUAAAUGUUAUAACCGGUAUGUGAUAGACCCUUUACAGUUUAUUGAUUUAUAUAUGGUUAGUCUCAAUAUUGUUCUGUACUAAAUUUAACCUGGCCAUAUUUACUUUAGUUUUCAGUCUAUUCUAUGGUGUGCUUUCGAGAUAUGAGCCAAAAUGAGUAGUGUGGUUUUUACAGUCUUAUUUUCAAUGUAGAAAAACAUCACUACAGCAUAUAUUUCUCUAAGCAUUAUUAUUAAAUGUGACGGUGAAUUGCCCUCUGAAAUUUUGUCUCCUUCAUUAAGAUUUUCCUCGUGAUUGUCUGAAUUCACUUAAAUUCUGGACUUAGUUUCUGUUUUAAUAGAAUUUCCAAAUAUCCCGGCUUUUCUGAUGAGACUAGAAUUUAUUAACGAACCAAUGAACUUAAAGAUGAUACGCCUUGGAUCUCGGCAUUAUAGCUGAUGUCAGUUAUUGGUGAAAACCCUAACUCCAAUUCCUAACGUUAACUUCCAACUCAAUGUCUUAAUCCUAAUUCUCACAUAAAUUCAUAACCCCCUUUUAACUCAACCAAAGUAGGUGAAUGUCCUUAAGGUCGCAUUCUAUUCGCUCAAACGUCGUCCAUAAAUUAUCCUCUUGCCUCUACUGUAUACUCGUCAAAGUUCAAGGUCGUGGUACCCUAUCAUGUGUGAAUGGGGCUUUAAAAUCUUAGCGACGGUAUAUUUUAUUUAUCGUACACGAAGUGUCAUCGUUUAUCAAUUUCGUACCCAACUUUAAGUUACUACUUCAACGUUCUUGGUGAUCCCCAUCUAGGCAAAGCACUUAAGCAUCAUAAUUUAACCCCUUGUACUGAGUUACAGCAUUCAUAUUGAAUAUUUAAUUUCUUCAUAUCAGGUUCUCACUUAAAAAUAUAGACAUUUCAAAAUUCCCAUCAUAUAAUUGUGUUUUAAUAUAGAUAUUUAUUACAGUCAUCUGCUAACGUAACUUUUAUUAAAGAGUACUUGAAUUUCGUUAAAUUUUGUAGGGUUAAUGAUUCUGAGUAGCAUGCGAAGCCUCGGAGUGAUUUGAUGAAAAUUUUUCUUCAUAAGAUCCAUUGUUGCUUCUCUCAUUAAACGUUGGAUUAUUUUUUAUUGACUUAUUUAGCUUGCCCAGAAUAAAAAUAUAUCAUGCUUUGCUUUGUUUUAGUGCAAGUUUUGAUUCAACUGUUCGCUUAUGGGAUGUUGAAACAGGUCAAUGCCGACGUAUAUUAUCAAGACAUACUGAACCUGUAUAUAGCGUUGCAUUCAGUCCUGAUGGUCGUUUAUUAGCAACAGGCUCAUUUGACCAAUGUGUUCAUAUAUGGAAUGUUGAUUCUGGUAACCUUAUAAACAGUUAUCAAGGCACUGGUGGCAUUUUCGAAGUUUGCUGGAAUUCGCGGGGUGAUAAGGUGGGCGCCAGUGCUUCGGAUGGUUCUGUAAGUCUCCAAAUCUUCAAAAUUUUGUUGUCGAUACGUGCUAGCAUGUUGUUACAGGAUACUAUCCCUAAAUUUCUUAUCCCGUUUUUGAUCUUAAUGUAGUACAGUUUUUCCAUACAUCUGAUUUAAGUUUAAAUCUAACAUCUAAUUAUCAAAAUCCUAUUUUCAAUUGCUAUUCAUUUAUCCUUUACUUCUUUUUAGGUUGUGGUUCUCGACCUAAGAAGGUAGCAGUGGCUCUUCUUCCCUAUCCAAUCAAGUUAUGGAAACUAAUCAAUAGCCGUUUUUUCACGUUUAACUUUAUUCAUUGUAAACAAGUAAUCUGUUAGAUUAUUUGAGACGAGAUAUAACUAAAUUUGCUAUAUGGGUGAUACAACGUCAUAACUUAUUGACCCAAAGCUUUCAAUCAAUAAUCAGAUUUUAGCAAUACUUCAAUUAUACUGGGUUCGGAUAGUUUGGAUUUCUGUUCCUUUGCUUAGCUCCUGUUUUAAGAUCCAAAUUCAGUUUGCUAAUUGUAGCCGUCGCAGUGUGCCCUGGCGUUUCUGUAUCUCUGUCAUUCCUGGAAUAAACCGAGUUUUGUACAUUUCUGAAGAUUACUGAAGAUGAUAAGUCCUUUGUUAUUAUGUUUAUGCUUAUAGCCAACAUUUUGAACUUACUUAUUCUUAAAGAGUGAAACAACUGUUAUGAACUUUAGUUGUUUCGUUUCCCUCGUCUCAGUUAUUACAUUCUUUGUAAGACUGGUACUAAACUCCAUAGAUGUUGUUAGGCUGCAUCUUUCAUCAAUUAUUUUUGCGCCGUUUUUGUUUGUCCCCUUGUCUCACUAUUUCCUUCAUUUCGGCAGCGAGGCUCAAACUUUUUGACGUUCCAGUGUCUGACUUUACUUUAAAUACGUUUCCUUCGGUGAGUGGUUUCACUUUGGGUUGUAUGUGAACUUUACACAUAACCACUAUCCGGUGAUCGUAACAUUUUGUGCUCGUUAAGGAUUGUUGCGUAUAUAGCAUUUUGUCAAGCCAUUUCCUUUAUUGAUUGAAUAAGAUAUAUUAUCCAUCUUAACUUCAGUGUAAAAUGUCCCCUUAUCUUCAACAAUUUUAUUCGAUUUCUGCUAACUGUGUAAUUCUGUUGUUAGAUUAACCAAAUUCGGUCUGUUUGUUAGCAUGUAUCCACUUUUAUCUUCAUGAUAAUAUUUAAGCAUGUUACCUAUGAACUUUUGUUUCUGAUUUGUUUCACAUUAUUCAUUGGUUUAUUCACUUUUGAAGUAUAUCUUAAUUGUCUUUUUUGGUAAACUCUAUUUCCUUUCUCCCCUCCAUGACUUUUAAAAUAGAUCAACAAAUUCCAACUCCAAGUUUUUGUCAACAAACCAAAAAAAUUCUUCUUGUUCACUACCAUUUAAUCACAUGCCCUAUCUGUCGUUUCUCGUUACGUCACUGUUUCUGGCUGUGGUUCUUAUUAAAUGGUCUUAUUGAAUAAUGAGAAAUCUUUGUCGAUUACUAGGUCGUUAUUGUUAACAUCCCUUUUUCGUUAAGUUAUUUUUAUUUUUAAACAUUCAUUCUUGUACUUUGCUUGAAUCAUUAAAAUCCUUUUAUUUGCUGUUUCAAUCUAAUAUUAUGGACCUGUAAAUUACAUUCUUUUCCACUGUGUUUGGUUAUUAUUAUGAAUUUUUCACAUAUUUUGCUGCUUUUCUAUGUAUGUUGGUUUAUAUAUUCUACUCUUAACUGAGCAGCUGUUUUGUGUUCGGAUUUGUCUCUUCCAUUUCCUUUCAUAAGAAAGCGUUCGUAUAUGUAUUUGUUGUCUUUAUGAUAAUUUAGUUCUCAUUGAACAUGUCCAUAUCCUCGAAAUUCUUCUAAAGCAUAUUUUUUCAUUCUCAAAAUAACUAUCCACUGUAUAUUUGUCCGUUUUUUUGAGAAGUUUCCCGGAUGUAAUAAUUAACUUAUUUGCGAUUUUGUACUUUUUAUCUUGACAUCUGCAGUUUUGGGGCUGGUAAAUAUAGCAUUUAUACCGUGUCUAAUAAUGUUUCGGGACUCUAUUUGGGUUUGACUGUUGUAUCUGUAUUUUAGUUGUAUGCUUCAAAUUGUGUUAGGUUUCAACAAUGUAUGAAAUUUCCUACUAUUGAACAUUAUUUUAAUGGUUAUUUUCAAAUGAAAGAUCACAAUAUCCAUUUACUUUAGCUCUGCAAAGGCAUUUCUCAAGUAGUUUUUGUUGCUAAUGUUUGACUUAAAUAAUCAGACUAUCAUUUAAGGGAAUUGAACAUGGGUUAUUAUCUAUGUAAACUUGUACUACAUGCACCUUGCGUGAUCAGUUAUUAGUCACAGUUGUUAACCCAUUGUUGGUUGAGUUUUAUCGAUUCAGUUGCGAUGUGGUUCCUGAUAGCUUGAUAUCUUAUAUUAAAUAAGGGCAGUUAAGAAGGAGCUUUACGCUUGUUAGUACUUUAGAUUUCUAUCACCUAUUUCAGAAAUCUUAUCAGGUGCUUAUUUUACAUAUAAGAAUUGGCAAGCAUAUAUAUUUAAAGUUUAUCAGUCAAUAAGAAUCAUAUGAAAAUAAACGAUAUUUCUGACAGACCAAUCGAUAACUAUAUAAUGCAGCAAAAAAUAAUUUAUGACCAAUAAUUCAGUAGAAAUGUUUCUGAAUACAGCUCUCCGACUGCAGCUUUUUAUCUUUAAGGCAAUGUGAGUUUUAAGGUGUAAUUACAAAUUGUACUAACAAUCAUUUAUAAAUAAUCAACUACAGCUCUGUUUCUUGUCUAAGAGACCUUUAUUUUAUAACGAGAAAUUCAUGUGAAAGUAUGGUGAAUAAACAUGGUAGGUUCUAUCUGUUGCAUCGAUCAUGUGUGAGGCUGAUUCAAUUCACAUACUUGAAGCAUGCUAUCAAUGUAGUACCUUUAUGGUCUCAUUUUUAUAUGGUGAUGUGAGUAGAAAAUCAAAUUACACUACUUUAAAUAAUCCCUGAUAUUGAUAUGAUAAGUGUAUUGUCCAACUAACGUCGUAACGCAUUUAAUAUGCUGUGUAAAUUAGAUACUAAAUAGCAAGACUACAAGUUCAACAGUUUUUAACAUAGCGUCUAUGUGAAACUGAUCUGACUUUGUGCCAUUUUAACUCAGCUACAACGUAGGAUCAGGCACAUAUAUGCAUCGGUCCAAGUUGCCACACCUCAUUAGCACAGCAAGAUGAACACCGGAUUCAUAGAAUUAGUUGAUUCAACGGUGUUAAUGUAUAAAAGAAAGAUUGCAUGUAAGGAUUUAUCCUUAGUUCGUAAGAAGACAGAGCAAUUUUAGUUCCACGGUUUAAGGGAAGACAGAGUAUAUACACCUACGAUAUUGUGAUCGAUUCUGAGCCAUGUUACCAUGAGUCUCCAACUAUUGGUUACGAUAGUCACGCGGACCCCAACCAAGCACUAUUAGUAUGGAUCAUUUUAAUUGGUUGCAACAGAAAACUACUGGAAAUUUUGGCAAACAUCUAAAUGUUAUGUGCAGGGUAUGUGUUUUAAAUUAAAAUAUCACUUGUUGAAACAUUAAGUUUAAAAAUCGAUUAAAGUAUGCGUUUUUAUCCUUGUCUCACCUUCCUGCUUAUAUUUACUAUAUCAAUGAGUACUACUUGAAUGGCUGUGUACCGACCGUUAGUGAUAGAUGACCGAAAUAAAUUGAGUAAGAUACUUUUAUGUUACCGAUUUCUGAGCCUAAUUCUCCGAAUACCACUUCCGGUUUACUUGGACAUACCAUGUAGGUGUACUAAAUUCAAUGCACCUGCUAAACAUUUGCUCAAUUUUAACUUCAAAUAAAAGGAAUUGAAGUAGGCCGUGAUCGGAUAGACGCAUGUGAAAUGCUCCAAACACAACGAAGGUUUUUGUUAGGAACUGAUUUACUUAUUAUGAUUUUACUGCACGUACGAGAAUCUUCAUAACUGUAUGGAAUCAAUCGUGUUUAACCAAUUCAUUUAUAAUACAAUAAUUACUCAACAUAAAUGACCUUAUUUGCAAUCUGAUAAACGUCUGUAUGUACCACCUAUUCUAGCUAAGAUAUUUGAUGUAUUCCUACUUAUUAAAUCAACAUUUCUAGAAUUGGUUUGCUCAUUUGGACUGCAGUUAAUCAGUAACAUAGAAAGAUAUCAUGUUAGAGAAUGAGACUUGUUCAGGAUAUCAAAAAUAAUAUAUUGGUUUCUUUCAUGAAUGUUAGUAGAAUAACAAUUACAAAAUACUGAUGUAUCCUGUUGAAUUCAGUUCCUCGAUAUUUUUGUUAAUGUGGUUAACUAAUUAGAAAAAGUCAACAUUGAAGUUAAGUUGUAACAUCCAUCAAUGAACUGUGAAUUGUCAGAAACACUAAAAU